AUGCUGUUCAUGCGGGUUUUUGUGGACUAUUACGGCUCGAAUUUGCGGAAAAUUCUGAUAUUUUCCGACAAUAUCGAGCUGCCGUUUCAGGAUUUUCGAGGGUUCCUGCUGGCUUUGCAAAUGGGCGAAUACCGCCUCCUCACCAGCAGUACCACACAAAUCCCGGUGUGUCCGUACGAGUACUAUGACCGUUGUGACCGGAUUUUCGAGGAGAUAUUUGCCAAAUACCCGCCGAUAAUUGGCUCGUAUCAAAAACUCGCUCAAGACGAGUUUGUGCGAAAGCAUCCCUAUCCGUUGGUGGCUUUUGCCUGGUUGCCCGGACAUCGUAUCACCUCGGAAUACAGUACCCUUACGGAUAGACAAUUCCAUUCGCAUGUUUGGGUGAUAAGGAAUGUUAAUAUAUUCCCAGCCAGUUUGAUUUUCAAUAAACGGGUCGACAGAAAACUGAUGGAACGGAUCGAUAAUGCGGUCAUUACGUUGCUUGGGGCUUUAGAGACAGUCGACCUACACUACGACCCAAUAUACCCACCCGUUUCCAUCCAACAACUCCCUACAAAGACUGCCUUUACAUUACGACAGCUCUCCGUAAUCUUCUACGUCCUCCUGGGGGCUCUCGGAAUCUCGCUCCUCGCCCUCGUCGUCGAGAUCAACUUCUCGUAUCUGAAGCUGCAGCUGGGGAGGCCAAAAGUAGAGAUCGGACCCGGAGACGGCACCUGCGAGGGUGGAAAGAAGAGAACAGGCGCAGAUCCGGAUGCGGAACAGGAUAAGGGAAGACUCCACAUUACCUCAAGCGCUCCCUUGACUGGAGGCAAGAAGAAGAAGAGCAUCAACUUCACGCGCUUCUGCAAGGAGUUCAAGACGCGAUACCUCUACAUAUGCCCCGAUCCGUUUAGGUUUGGGCAAAAAGGUG